AUGUCGACGCCAUCGUCAUGUCCCUUUUGUAACAUCGCGAGCACAUACCCGCCUAUCCCUCCAACAGCCUUCACUCCAGAUAAUACUCCUCCCAAUUCCCAAAAUACAACCAAGCCAUAUACUUCCCUAAUCCCCCUACCAGACGCAUCCGACCCAACCCAGCCAACCGCACAUCUGAUUCUCUCCACCAAACAUGUCCUAGCGUUCUUGGACAUCAUGCCCCUGACCCGGGGCCAUGUCCUGGUGAUUCCCAGGACGCAUUAUGAGAAACUCGGCGACGUAGACGUGAAGGUCAGCCGCGAGCUCGGCCAAUGGCUACCCAUCCUCUCGCGCGUCGUCAUGCGGACCAUCUCCGGUGACCAGGACAGCAGCUCAGACUGGAACUGGAACGUGGUACAGAAUAAUGGAGUCAGGGCCGCGCAGCAGGUUCCUCAUGCCCAUUUUCACAUCAUUCCCAGGCCGUCGUCUAACCCGGCGCCUAAUGCUGCCCGGGCGAGCUUUGUGAUGUUUGGGCGUGGGCAGCGAGAUGAGUUGGAUGAUGAUGAGGGCGAGGCCUUGGCGGGUUUGUUACGGGGUGAGUUGGCGAAGGAGGUUCUGAGGAUGGGCGUGGACUUGGAAUGUGAGGUAUCUGGUGAUGAGAGGGAGGUGAAGGGGAAGCUUUAG